CCCCGUGACGUCACGACAGGGGCAUUCCUGCCUCGCUCGGGGAGGGGCCAGGGGUUUGGGGGUCCCGGGGGGCCCCGGUUAUGACACGGCGGUUUGAGGGAUCUCAGGAGUUCAGGGAGCACCCCCGAACAGGGUUUGGAUGAGACACGGGGAUCUGGGGGACGCCUGGGCGCUUAGCGGCGUUCCAGGAGUUUUCAGGGCUCCCCGGCAUUCCGAGGACCCCCGAACCCCUACUUGCACGCCCCCAGGUCCCCCCCGCGCCGCUCCGCCCCAGACGGUGAAGCAGCUGCUGAAGGAGCUACGGCAGCAGAAGAGCAGGGAAGGGGUGAGAUCCCCGGUGGGUGACCCCCUCUCCCAGGCGACACCUCCCGCGGGGACACCCCCGCUCUCCUCCCUGACCCCCUCGCUCUCCCCCCAGGUUUUGGCUCUGCCCUCCCUGCCCUCCCCGCGCCCCUCGGAUGGUGCUCCCUGGCCCCUUGCCCCGGCAGUGACACCCAGCCUCUGUGCGGUCCCACAUGGGUCACCCCAUGGCAGCCCGGGGGGGGCCCAUGGGGGAAGGGCCUCCGGUGCGAGGGGGUUUCAGGCUGCUGCCAUCCCUGGCCCUGCCUGGCCCCAUCCCGCAGUGCCGUGGGGAGAAUUUGGGGCCCCCCUGCUGAGAAGGGAGAUCCGAGACCCGUAUCCUGAACCCCAGGACCUGGCAGCUGCCCGCGCUGCACUGGGGUGCCGAGACCCCCGGGAGCUGCUGCAGCAGGACGAGGAGGGGGACACGCUGCUGCACGUGCUCUGCGCCGGGGGACACUGGGCACUCGCCCGGGCUGCAGCCGAGGCUCUGCGGGACCUGGGGGGGCUUGAGGUGCGCGAGCACCUGGGCAAGACUCCACUGCUGGUGGCAGCAGCAGCUGCAGCCCCAGAGAUUGUGCGGGACCUGCUUGUCCUGGGGGCCAAUCCUGAUGCUGCUGACCACGACGGCCGCACAGCCCUGCACCUGGCCGCUGCCUAUGGGCACCCUGAAAUCCUCCAGGCCAUGAUAUCCUCGGGGGUUCCUGUCAACGUGGAGGCCAGAAAUUUUGAGGGCCAGACCCCUCUGCACUGCGCUGUCCUGGCCCACAACGCCUCGCUGCAGGGAGGCUACAGCCCCACGGGGGGCUCUGGAGGGGGGUCCCCUACUCCCCAGGACCAAUUCCGCUGUGUUGAGCUGCUACUGCAGAUGGGAGCAGACAGCAGCAGCCAGGACACCAAAAGCAGCCUGACAGCACUGCACCUGGCCGUGAGAGGAGGCAACCUUGCCCUUGCCCACCUACUGCUGCGCCAGCCAGGCAUGGCCCCCCGCCUCGUCAACAUGAAGGCCCACGGGAACACCCCCCUGCACAUGGCAGCAGCACUACCUGGGACCCCCAGCCAGGAGCCCCUUGUGAGGCUGCUCCUGGCCUGGGGUGCCGACCCCAGCGCCCGCAACCUGGAGCAUGACCUGCCCCAGAGCCUGGUGCCCCCUGGGGCCCCUGGAGACCAGCUCCGCCUCCUCCUGAGGAGCCACCGGGGGUCCCAUCGUCCCCCCCCCACCGCCGAGUGACAUCAGAGGGGCGGGUAUCAGAUGGGGGGACACCCCCAUAUUGGGGGAUUUCCUCAUGUUAACUUUUCCUGAUUUCAAUGAAAUUGCCCCCAAAUUUCUGUGAAAUGAGUCUGAACCACAUUGGUUUGGUGGAGGGAGGAGCACAGAGGGGGUCCAGCUCCCCCUUGCCCUCCCCCCCAGCCUCAUUAAUGGGGGCUGCUAAUGAAGCGUGUCUCCUCCAAAUUGGGGGAUUUGGGUGAAGUAUGCCAUAUUGGAGGGGAAACCCAAAAACUGAGAGAAUUCUGGAAUUAAAUAAAAACAUUCUUAAAA